CGGGUACUCAAUCUCAUUCUGUGUCUCAUUUUGGCCACAUUUCGCCAUGCGUUUCUCUUUUUUUCUCGUCGUUUGUCUCUUUCCUCUUCUUUGGGCUCGUCCUCGGUCGUACGAACCCAUACUUCCUCACAUCGUCGAGCAAGUGAAUUCAUUCAACUCAACUUGGCGCGCAACCAACGACAAUUUCCGCGGUUCGUCGCUUGACGCCGUCAAAGGUCUGAUGGGAACGAAACUCGACUCGACACACUGGCGACAUCUCAACGCGAUGAAACUCGUGCAAGACGUCCGUUCAGACUUACCGGAAUCGUUCGAUGCGCGCCAGCAGUGGCCGCAGUGUCCAAGUAUUAGCGAUAUUAGAGACCAGGGAGCUUGUGGGAGCUGCUGGGCGUUUGGGGCCGUCGAAUCGAUGAGCGACCGCUACUGCAUUCAUCUCAAGAUGAUGCUCAACAUCUCUGCCGAAGACCUCAAUGAUUGUUGCUUCUUGUGUGGCAUGGGGUGUAACGGUGGCUACCUUACAAUGGCAUGGGACUGGUGGGCUGUCGAGGGUCUCGUAACUGGUGGCCUGUAUGGCUCUCACUCUGGCUGCGAGCCGUACACGAUUGCCACAUGCGAGCACCACAUGAAAGGUCCAUAUCCUGCGUGUGGAAACGCGGUGAGCACACCUCAUUGUACGAAGAAGUGCGAGGAAGGAUAUUCUAAGGAAUACGACGAUGACAAACAUCAUGGCCAUUUGGGUCAUCACGUAUCGAGUAACCCGGAUGCUAUAAUGACGGAGAUAAUGACUAAUGGACCGGUGGAGGGUGCAUUCUCGGUGUAUGCGGAUUUUUUGACGUAUAAGUCUGGUGUGUAUCAACAUACAACUGGAGACAUGCUUGGUGGCCACGCCAUCAGAAUUCUUGGCUGGGGAGUGGAGAAUGGCACGCCCUACUGGUUGGUUGCAAACUCAUGGAAUCCAACAUGGGGUGAUAAAGGUUUUUUCAAAAUUAUUCGUGGCAAAGACGAUUGCGGCAUCGAGAGCAGCGUCGUUGCUGGUAUGCCCAAGGACUAAAAUAUCAACAUUCCAUGUGUGCGGUUUCGACUCUUGCGUCAUCUCUGUAUUUGUAUUGUCGCUUAUCGUGUCUUUGUUUUACGAUUUGCUGAUUCUUUGAGCAUAAAUUUUAGUAAAAUUGAUGUCAGUAUUGCUCUAA